AUGGAUGAAGCCAUUAGGAGAUGUUUACUAGAUAAGAUUGAUGUUCUCCUGGUCCAAGAGCCAUACAUAGUGGGUGGGAGAGUGAGGAUUUCUGGAUGCAGAGUUUUUCAUGACCGGAGUGGAAGAGAAGAUAUCUGGAGUGCAAUUUUUGUGAUGAAUGAGAAGAUCGGAACAAUCAUGAAUGCAGGUGAAACAAGCGGAACGUGCGUCAGUGUAAGGUUGGAACAAGGAGGAAAGUCGAUGCAAGUGAUUAGUCUAUACUGCAGGCCAUCAGAACCUAUUGAUGGGCAUUUAACAUGGUUAGUGGACAUAAUUAGGAAGAAAGGAAACAAGGAAGUCUUAUGUGGAGGGGAUCUGAAUGCGAGGUCAGGACUGUGGCGCAGUGGUUCUACAGAUGAAAAAGGGUCCAAGGUAGAAGACGUUGUCUCGGCUUGGGAUCUUCAGGUGCUGAACAAAUUUAGUAGGUGGAUGACCUUUGAGAACACACAGGGAGGCAAGUCGAACAUAGAUGUGACGAUAGCGACGCGGGAUAUCUCAAGCAGGAUUAAAGACUGGACAGUACAGGAAAAGGCCUUGAGUGACCACAGACUUAUCACAAUGAAGGUGAUAUCAGAUCAGGAGAAUCGGGGUAACCAAAACGAGCAGAGACUAGGAACGUACUGCUUGAGGAAGGUGAACUGGACGAGAUUUGACGAGGCGCUACGUAGAAGUAUCGAAGACAUGGAACUGGAAAUGACUACAGCAGAGGUUCAUGCGGAGAAAAUCACGGAAAUGACGUUGAACCUGAUGGAGGACCAGUUUCCCAAGGCAACUAAAGGAAUGAAGAAGGUAUAUUGGUGGUCGGAAGAUCUGGAGAAAUUACGAGUGAAGAUGAGGGGAAGAGCAGGAUUUGGAGAAGAACAGGAAGGGAGGUUGACAGGAGAGCGUUUUACCGGAUCAAGAACAGAAUACAUCUGGGAAAUCAGGAAGCAGAAGAGGAAGAUGUGGUAA